GCAGCCUUCCGAGUGGGAAGGGAAGUAUUGGGAACCGCAGCGCAGAGGUCAGCCGCAGUGAGCAGUGUGGUGCACGCACGCAGCCGCAGUCAGAGCAGCGCUCGUACACGCAGAGCAGCGCCCGCAGAAGAACGCGGUGUUUGGAAGCGCGAGAUGAGUGAAAAAUCUAACGAUGUGAGAAACGAGGAAGAUAUGGAGACAGACACCACUAAGGAUGACUAUCCCCGAGUCCAGAAGCUGCUGCAAAUUGAGCGGCAGUUGAAAUGUUUGGCCUUUCAAAAUCCUGGGCCCCAGGUUGCAGAUUUCAAUCCUGAAACUCGAAAACAAAAGAAGAAGGCCUACAUGUCUCAGAUGAAUGGCUACUACCCUGCCAGCAAGGUUUCUCUAAAGAAAUAUGACAAGCAUGGUAAGCUCCUGUGUAACAACCAGGAUUUGUGUGACUGCCUGGAGGAGAGCUGCCACGGGUGUUUCUAUCCCUGUCCUAAGUGCAGCUCCAAGAAGUGUGGCCCUGAGUGUCGCUGCAACCGGAAGUGGGUCUACGACAGGAUACAGACAGAGGCCGGCGACAUCAUAAGCAAGCUGCCAUUUUAUGUUCCCGAUUAAUGCAGUUGCCUGAGUUUCUUAGUAAAAGUCUUUGUGAAUUUCAAUUGUGUAUUAUGCAGAAGUGGAAUCAGAGAAGUAGGCUCAGAUGCUAUUUCUAGGUGAUUGGCAUGAGUUAGAUCUCAUGGAUGAUAGGGCCAGGAAUUACCUUGAUCUGAACAGGACAUAUUUGAGAGUGUUGCCAUUGUAAAUUGGGGUAGCAUCAGGAUUAAUAAUAUGCACCAUGGGAGGAUUGGACCAUGAGUGGUUUUGUUCUGAUACCCUAACUGCUUACUCUGUCCACCCAUAAUGGGAGGAAGCAGGUUUAGGAAUUUCCUCCCUAGAAAGUUUUGUCUAUGAUGCAAUAGAAUAGUAGUCUGAUCAUGUCCCUUCGUCAUGUCAUGUAUAGGUAUAUACAUAGAUAUAGAUGGCUUGACAUGUUGACUGCAUAGAUUUGCCUCAGAGAGUCCUUGGAAAUGUAAUUCUAGCACAGCCAGUUACAGUAUGUGAAGUAAAGUCAGAAAGACUGGAGGAGCUGGAUAGGCAUUGCUCUAGUGAUACUAUCAGAAGAUGGCAGCAAUUUCUGAGUUCCUACACUACAGAUACAGUGGUGUUACGAAUCUGCAUACCUCACAACAUUCUGUCAUGCAGAACCAAGACAAUAUAAGCCUUUCUCCGAUCAGCCCAGAUCUACCUCAGAACACUCACUUUGUGUAAAUGCCCACCUCCUUUAUGUAGGCCCCACCCCUUUUGAGAUUCAGGAUGAACCUUCAUAAAUAAGGAGAGUUUUGAGGAAUGAUUUUAUAUGUGUUUCAAUCUAAACUCAUAUAAACAUAUAAAAAUAAGUUUGGCUUGAACAAUAUAACAGCUUACAUCCGUAUCCAUCAUAAAAUGCUGAUUUUUUUGCACUUCUAAAAACAUCUGCACUGUACAUGCAUUAUGCAUUUUAAAUGCAGUAAAAAUGCCCAGCAAACACCAACGUUUGUGACCUAACGUAAACUGCACAUUACUAGUUAGUUCCAGGUUUCAUGUUUCCUAAGAUUGGUUUUAUCAAUGUGUUACCAAAGAACACAAAGGACCUGAUUCUGAGGUACAUUAGAAGUAAAGCAAAAGAAGAGCAAGUCAUUCUGGGCUUACACUAUAUAAUUAUCGACGGAUCGGAUAAUUGUACUGUGGAUUGAUGUAAGCGACCACUAAUUAUCGGUCUGUCAGACAUGCUGAAAUCGUCCAGCUUGUCCGAAAGAUUUGAUAAUUGGUCGCCCUUUAGAGAGGAGGAACUGGGAAAUGUUUCCUCCCCUGUGAAGGAGUGCAGAUAUCUCACAGUGUAUGUCCAUGAAAUCUGAUGGUUACAGCUUGUCAGAUGAAAUGUCUGUCGGUCUGACAGACAUUUUAUCUGACAAGUGUAUGCCCAACAUUACUGUGCCCCUUGGCAUAACCACGUUGCACAGCAGGUGGGGCAGAUUUAAAAUGUGCAGAGAAAUUUAGAUUUUGGAGAGAGAUGUUCAGAUUCAGAUCUAAGUUGCAGUGUAAAUGAAGCUCUCCAGCAUUUGUGGGCUGCAUUGCAACAUGAUUUGUCCAGGUAAACAAUUACUUGUUCUUUUUUGCUUUACUCCCACCUCAGUCAGGACCAGAAUGUAAUAGUACAAGACUACUCCACUUGGGGCCCACUAUCUAUGGUCAUUACUUUUAUCUUUCCAUUAGUUUCCUGGAUAACUUAGAAGUCGCACAUAUAGGACUCUUAAAAUACAUGUAUGUAAACCAGCACUUGAACAGCACUGUCAGUAUACAAAUAACGCUGCUUAUUUAUUACGGAGUAUGUUUUAACUUUGCGUUUGAAAUAUUACUUAAACUAGUACUGUAUGUCACUAAGGACAAAUGUAUUUGUAAGAACUAUAUUUGUUUUUAUGUAUUUUUUUGUCCUCUUCUUACUACUUUUAUAUUUUGUAUUAACAAAGUUUAGGGGGUCAUUUUAAUAGAGAGCGAGAAGCCGGAAGUGUGGAACUCCGUUCGAGAAUGCCUGUAUUUUUAAAGCAGCAAUAUUUUACAAGGCAAAACCAGGAGUGCCGCACUUCCAGCUUUUGGCACCGUAUUACAUUUACCCCUAAGUUUCCAAAUGUAGGGUUUUCGGGGUCUGCAGCAUAUUGCAUCAUUGAAGUGUGCAUUUUGUAAUAAAACUAUUUGUUAAUAUUUCUAA